GGGCGGGUGCCGGGCCGCUGUUUGUUGUCAUCCCAAGAUGGAGUUUCUGCUGGGGAACCCGUUCAGCACCCCGGUGGGGCAGAGCCUCGAAAAGGCCACAGAUGGCUCUUUGCAGAGUGAAGACUGGACACUUAACAUGGAGAUCUGUGACAUUAUCAACGAGACAGAAGAAGGGCCCAAGGAUGCCAUUCGAGCACUGAAGAAGAGGCUGAAUGGAAACAAAAAUUACAGAGAGGUCAUGCUGGCGCUGACGGUGUUGGAGACCUGUGUGAAGAACUGUGGCCAUCGUUUCCAUGUCUUGGUGGCAAACCGUGACUUCAUCGAUGGAGUUCUGGUGAAAAUCAUCUCACCCAAGAACAACCCCCCCACUAUAGUGCAGGAUAAAGUCCUAGCACUGAUUCAGGCUUGGGCUGACGCCUUCCGAAGUAGCCCCGAUUUAACUGGAGUCGUGCAUAUUUAUGAAGAGCUCAAGAGGAAAGGCAUCGAGUUCCCCAUGGCAGAUCUUGAUGCUCUGUCUCCAAUACACACACCACAGAGGAGUGUUCCUGAAGUUGAUCCUGCAGCAAAUAUGCACAAUUCCCAGUCUCAGCAAAGGAUGAGCAGCAGUUCUUACUCUUCGUCCUCUCCAACGGCCUAUUCUGCUCCUCAGGCCCCAGCCUUGAAUGUGACUGGUCCCAUCACUGCUAAUUCUGAACAGAUUGCCCGGCUGCGCAGUGAGCUGGAUAUUGUUCGUGGGAAUACAAAAGUGAUGUCUGAAAUGCUGACAGAAAUGGUACCUGGACAAGAGGAUUCCUCAGACCUUGAGUUACUCCAGGAGCUGAACCGAACCUGCAGAGCCAUGCAGCAGAGAAUUGUGGAGCUUAUCUCACGAGUGUCCAAUGAAGAAGUCACAGAGGAGCUGCUGCAUGUGAAUGAUGAUUUAAAUAACGUCUUCCUCCGAUAUGAAAGAUUUGAACGAUACAGAUCGGGACGCUCAACACAGAACGCCAGCAAUGGAGUACUGAAUGAGGUGACAGAAGAUAAUUUAAUAGAUUUGGGUCCUGGCUCUCCAGCUGUGGUGAGCCCAAUGGUUGGAAACUCAGCACCUCCAUCUUCACUUUCUUCACAGCUUGCAGGGCUUGACUUGGGCACAAACAGUGUCAGUGGCACACUCAGCUCCCUGCAGCACAGUAAUCCUCGUGAUGACUUUGACAUGUUUGCACAGACAAGAGGCAGCUCCUUGGCUGAGCAGCGAAAGAACGUGACGUACGAGGACCCACAGGCUGUCAAAGGACUGGCAUCUGCCCUGGAUGUUCGGAAACAGAACACGGGAGGGAGGAGAGGUAAAGGUGGGAACUCAGACAUGGAGCCCAUAGACAAGUGGCUAAUUACACAAGGAAUGAUCCCUGUUGCACAGUCCUCUGUCAUGGAUGACAUUGAGGAGUGGCUCAGUACCGACUUGAAAGGCAACGAACUGGAAGAAGGAGUGACCAGUGAAGAGUUUGACAAAUUCUUAGAAGAGAGAGCCAAAGCAGCGGAGAUGGUUCCCAAUCUGCCAUCCCCUCCCCUGGAAGCCCCCAACCCUCCGACAAAUCCUUCCAGCAGGAAAAAGCAGGAGCGCUCGGAGGACGCCCUCUUUGCACUGUGAAGGUGGCGCGGAGCCGCCCUCCCUCCCGCCCCUCUGCUCCGCCGGCGAAUGUCGCCCCGCGGCCACUUUGUCCUCCCACAGUCCUUGGCUAACAACGACUCCCGUCCCCCCCAUUCCAUAGUUUGCUUCUCCUUCCCUCCCUCCCCAAAUGAUCCGCCCCCACAAGCUGACUCUUUCUAUUUAAAUCCAACACUAUUCCUGCCAGACCACGAUUCUCCAGCACUCGCUUAAUCCCCUCCUUCCUGUCCCAGCUGCACAAAACCAGCUCUUGAUGCUGAAAACCCCUUCAGAAUGCACGAGUACGUCACACUGGGCUGAAACAAAAGCCCAGGGGGAAGAGAGCAGCCUUGCCCUUCAAUUUAUGUAGGGAUCAUCCUCUUCUGUAGGCAGGUCCUGCCAAGUAGACGGCUCUGUCAAUCAGCAUGUAAUUGACUGAGCUGGAAUGUUCAGGAGGAGUGUGUCUUUAUUUUUAGAUAAAAUGUUAAUGUAUUGGCUUUCGUGUUGGAUUCGACAGCAAGGAACAACUGUUCCUCUUUCAACAUGUGCUUCACAAGUUAAAAUCCUUUACUCUCCCACUCACACAUCUCCUGGUACCAUAUGGUGGUCGCUUUUCCCCACUUUCUGUGGCGUUUCAUUUCUAAAUCUCACAGGGUAUUUUUUGCCUUGUGUUUUAUCUGGGCUUGCUCUAAUUUGAGGCAGUCUGUUGGCCAUGUCCAGUAGCUCUGGCAGUUGAUAAGGAUGGAAAAUGCUGGGCUAAAUGGAUGCUGCAAUGAUGGCACAGGAAGCACUUGGCUCUUUUGGAGACCGUUCUCACACAGGAAUUUUCCUGGUGUGUUUGCCUUUUAAAAUAGCUUGGUUAUUUUCUCCUUACCUUAGAUUCCUCCUUUGGUGACUCUAGAGCUCUGCUUUUGGUGUAAACAUCCAUGCAGAUGGAUGGGACUUGCCCAUGGAUUGGGUGUGAACUGAGCUUCCUGGAUUCCCUGCCGUGCCUGGUAGGACAGAUAUGCUGGUUCUUCAGGGUAGGGAUGAGGAAAAGAGCAAACCUCAGAGGUUUGUAUGGAACGCUGAGGCAAGUGGUUACCAUGGAGGGAUUAGCUGUGCCAGCCUGUGCUCCUCAUUUCCUUCCAGUUUUAGGCCUGAGAAAGUGUUGAAAUUAUUGUGACCGUGCUAUUUGUAAUUUUUGGAAUGUCUUUUGAUCCUUCUGCCCUUCAUUAACUCCCGGCUCCUACGGGGCUGCAGUCUCUGUGCAAACAAACAUAUUCCCUUGCUUGCCAGAGGCAUGGCCAGGAUUCCUGCUCCUCUGGGGCUGCCAGCAGGGAUUCCAGCCUGUGUGCCUGCCUUGCUGGGCUGACAGGCAGAGCUGGAGCAGGCAGCUCCAGCCAUCGUGCGUCCCCCGGCGCGUUCCUUGGGAGGAAGCCAGUGGUGCAGGAUGGCAGGAUCAAAGAGAGAGCUGAGCAGUGCGUGGCAGGAGAAUCUCCCAUCCUGACAGAGAGGCACUUUAGCAGCUAAAAGCCCAUGCAGGCAGCAGGCUUCAACCCCUCUUCCUCAGGGUGUUCCUUGGCUUAGGCAACCUCCUUCUGACCUGACAUGUCUGAGCUUCCCAGGAUGCUGAUGUGUGUCAAGCUCUCUUGAAAGUUGUUCUAGGCCAAGUGAUAGAAGCUUUUAUCUGAGCAUAGCAUUUUAUCAGCCCAUACCGUACUCUCUGAGGACCACCCCCUUUGGGACGUUGUGACACACAAAGCCUGUUACCAAAUGCCUGAUUGCAGUGCUGAUGGACUUUGACAGUGGGCACAUUAAUCUUUGAAGGGAAAUGUUUGGUGCAGGAUUUCCAGGCCGUCCCAGGUCAGGUUUCACUCUGUGCUCUCCCUGCUCAUCGUCUUCUCUGUCCUGCCCUGCCUGUAGCCUCUUCCAGGAUCCCUCCAUAUGUAGCUGGGCCCAGGCAGGGCUGUCCUGCCACCCCUCUGUGCUGACGUGACACUUCAUCACUGCUCUGUGUAGCACGGCUUACAAAUGAACAGGCAAAACCAGUUUAAGGAUGGAGAUAACUUGGAGAUCAAGCUUUUCUCCCCACUUGCUGGCUCUC